CGACGUCGACGAGAGCCUUUUACUCUGAGUCCUGUGUCGCGGGAACCCGUUAACGCAAUUACACCACAAACGAUGCCCCGCAAGAUACUCAUCGGGUUUGGGGUCGACGUCGACGCCGUUGCAGGAUGGCUCGGCUCAUACGGAGGCGAAGAUUCCCCUCUUGACAUAUCGCGCGGCCUGUACGCGGGCGAGGUCGGCGUGCCGCGUCUCCUGAAACUGUUCGCAAAGUACAACAUCAAGACGACGUGGUUCAUUCCAGGACACAGCUUGGAGACGUUCCCGGAGCAGAUGGCUGCGGUCAGAGAUGCGGGUCACGAAAUCGGUCUUCAUGGGUACUCUCAUGAAAACCCGGUGUCGAUGACGGCAGAGCAGCAGAAGGACAUCCUCGAUCAUACGUACGAGCUCCUUACACAGUUCAACAACGGUGUACCGCCCAAGGGCAGUGUUGCACCGUGGUGGGAGACGAGCAAGGAGGGCACCCAGAUCCUGCUCGACAAAGGCAUUGAGUACGAUCACUCGAACAUGGCACACGACUCUCAGGCAUACUACCUGCGCGACCAAGAUCUGUGGACCAAGAUUGAUUACUCGGCGAAGGCGCACACCUGGAUGAAGCCCCUCCAGCGCGGCAAAGAGACUGGCCUAGUCGAGAUCCCCGCGAACUGGUACCUUGACGACUUGCCGCCGAUGAUGUUCAUCAAAGCGAGCCCGAACUCUCACGGAUGGGUCAACUCGCGUGACGUCGAGCAGCUCUGGAAAGACAUGUUCACAUACCUCUACAGGGAGGAAGAGAACUUCAUUUUCCCGAUCACUAUCCACCCAGACGUGAGCGGUCGCCCCCACGUUCUCCUGAUGCUGGAACGCUUUAUCGAGUGGGUCAACACGCACGAAGACGUGCAGUGGGUGCGCAUGAUCGACAUGGCGGACGAGUUCCGCACACGCGUCGCCCCGCCUCCCGGCGCACUCAUGCCUCGCGGAGUCGCGCCUCCCGCUACGACAAUCGACGCUUGAGAACGCAGAUUCGCGCGACGCCCUGGGCGCCUGGAGAGUGAUGGCCGGCUGGAGGGUCUCGUAGCAAUUCUCUCGGAAGUGCACCGCGCGAGUUAGGCGGUUCGAGGGGGUGCUGUAGGAGUGGUUCUUCGGGCAUACCCCGAGGGCUGCGCGCGAUUCCGGCAUCGCUAGGCAUGGAGGUUGGCGUUCUGCUGAGGCGCCGUUGAUAUGGGGGAGCGGAGAAUUUUUGGGAGCAUCUUUCACCUCUGUACAUUAGCGCAGUAGCGCAAUUCCUGUAUCGUUGAAGAAUGCGGUGGUUCUCCUAGGCUUUC